AUAUUUGUUUUGUCCUUUUAAUAUAGAAAGAGAAUACGCUGUAAUGUACUACAAAUGUAUAAUGUUCUCCUGUAUUGACGUGUACUUUUUUACGCUUGUAACAAACGGUUUGUCUAUACAUCUAGAAUCGAAGUUAAUAUAUUGAUACUAUAAUUCGAAAUUAAAGCAUUACAUAUUUAUGAUAAUAAAUAUUAUCUGCGUCCGCGUACCAAUAAUCAGUUUUAUAAUAAAAAUGUUGAAUUUAUACAUUAGAUUAGGAUUUAUAAUAUCCACGUAAUAAUUAGUUCUUUUAUUUCGUAUUUAAAUAUUAAAUCGAUUUCACAAAAAUUGCUGAUUAAUCUUCAGGUAGCACCAUGUAUUUACACGUAACUAUCGAACAAACGAACGUGACAUCCUAUGGUGUAAUUAUUUUUCAAUAGUAUUCCAUUCUGGAUAAUAGCAGCAAUUUGUGUCGAGUUCACAUAUGAAUUUGGAAUCUAGUUGAAGCAUUAUACCAAUUAAAAAUUGUGAUGAAUUUCGUUGACAUUAAACAAAUUGAAUGAAAAUACAUGUUUAAUCCGGAAGUGAACUGUUUUUCAAAUGACUAAUGCAUAGCGCGGUAAUUCAAAAUCAUGUCAAAAACUUUGAACAUUUCAAAUAUAGAUAUUCCUUUACGAAGACAAGUGUCCUUCUGCAGCAAAUCAAAAUAUCGUGACAACGAAAAAUAUACAUCGAAUAUAAUCUCAGCAAACUUAAAAAGAUCUAUUGUAUUUGGAGAAUGGAAGACAGAGAAGACUCGAACUGAAAAUGGAAAGCAAAAGCAUCUUACUGCUUCCAUCGGUUCAAAGAAACCAAUUGUUAUUACAAAAAAAAAGUAUAAGGAGUUUAAAAAGCAUGGUCAUUAUGUCACCAAAGAAGAGAAACAAGCAACUAUUGCACUAGCAGAAGAGGAAAGACAUAGACUUACCAAGGAUAGCAUGAUGCGCAAAGAAGCUAUUCGUAGGAUGGACUUAACAAAGACACGUGAAAAAGGCAAAAUAUUAAAUGAAGUCGAGGAAGAAGCUAGAAAAAGGACAAUGCAUUUACUUGAAAGAGCUUACAAUUUAAAGCUCGAGCAAGAAGAGGAAAUUCAAAAGUAUAAUCGGCUUAUCUUAGAAACUAAAUGUAGAGCCAUAAGAGAUAUGCAGAUAGCUGAAAAGAAAUUAAUCAAACAAGAAUUAGCAGAAGAAGAAAAACGUUUAAAUGACAUGAUGGAAAAUGAAAGAAGAUGGGCGAUUGAGGAAGAUUUAAAAAAGGAAGAAGAAGAAAUUUCUAGGAAACAAAUAUUUGCAAAGGUUUUAAAGGAUCAAAUUACAGAGAAUGAAGAGCAACGAAUACUUGAAUUUGAAAGAAAGCAAGAGGAGAGUCAGCUAAUUAAUAUGAAUAAUAUAACUUGGCAAUUAGCAGAAAUAGAAAAAUUACGUCAUAAGGAAGCUGAAAGUGCUAAAAUCCGUCAAGAUCUAGCAGAAGUGAAUGAACAAUUGAAGCAUUUUAAAGUUAUGGAACAAGAGGAAAAUAGAAUAAUAGAUUUAAGGAUAAAACAAUAUAAAAAAUAUAAAGAAGAAAGAGAAACUCAAUUAGAUGAAAAGCAAAGAUUGGAAAAUUUAUAUAAAGAGCAGGAAAAAGAAAGAUUGGCUGUACAGGCAAAGCACACGCAAGAUCUUCAAGCACAAAUUGAUGCAAUAAAUGCAGACCGUAUACAAGAAGAAGUAGAGAGGGAAUGGAGACGGAAAGAAAAAGAAGAAGCUAUGAAAAAAAUUGAAACUAUACAGGAUCUUUGGAAAGGGAGAGAAGAACAAAUAAAGAAUAAGAAAUUAAUACAAGCAAUUGAAAUUGACAGAGAAAAACGUGAAUUUGAAAGAAUUCUACGUGUACAAAAGGAAGCAUUUUGCCAUGAUAAGAAAAACCGUGAAAAGAAACAACAAGAAGCUCUUGUCCAUCGUAGUGAAAUAUUAAAACAGGUGAAUGAAAAGGAAAGAGAACGUAUUCAAGCAAGACAAAAGAUGUUUGAAGAAGGAUUGGCAAUUCGUACACAAGUUGCUAUGCGCAAGAAAAAGUUACAGGAGGCUAUGAAUAAAAAAUGUGAAGAAAUGAGAGAGAGCAAGAUACCUGAAAUAUAUAUUAAUGAAGUUAAACGCAUGAUCGAAAAUAUUAAAUGAUACAUAUAUACAUCUUGUGAGA